UUACAUUUUUCUGGUUUUAGGAACUGAUAUUGCUGCUGGAGAGGAAGUCGCAAUUAAGUUGGAAUGCGUGAAGACCAAACAUCCUCAGCUCCACAUCGAGAGUAAAAUCUACAAAAUGAUGCAGGGUGGAGUGGGUAUUCCCACAAUUAAGUGGUGUGGAGCAGAAGGGGAUUAUAAUGUAAUGGUGAUGGAGUUGUUGGGACCAAGUCUUGAAGAUCUCUUCAAUUUUUGCUCAAGGAAAUUUAGCCUCAAGACAGUCCUCUUACUUGCUGACCAAAUGAUUAGUCGAAUUGAGUAUAUUCACUCUAAGAACUUCAUCCACCGAGAUGUGAAACCAGAUAACUUCUUAAUGGGCCUGGGAAAGAAGGGCAAUCUUGUCUAUAUAAUAGACUUUGGAUUAGCGAAGAAAUAUCGAGAUGCUCGAACUCACCAACAUAUCCCAUAUCGUGAAAAUAAAAACUUAACAGGAACUGCCCGUUAUGCAUCCAUCAAUACUCAUCUUGGAAUUGAGCAAUCUCGCAGAGAUGACUUGGAGUCCUUGGGCUAUGUACUGAUGUAUUUUAACCUGGGCUCCCUCCCCUGGCAGGGACUGAAAGCAGCAACAAAGAGGCAGAAAUAUGAACGUAUCAGUGAAAAGAAAAUGUCUACACCCAUUGAGGUUUUGUGUAAAGGAUAUCCUUCUGAGUUUGCUACUUAUUUGAAUUUCUGCCGUUCUUUGCGUUUUGAUGACAAACCGGACUAUUCCUAUCUAAGGCAAUUAUUCAGAAACCUCUUCCACCGACAAGGGUUCUCCUAUGAUUAUGUGUUUGACUGGAACAUGCUCAAAUUUGGUGCAAGCAGAGCUGCUGAAGAUGCUGAACGUGAAAGGAGAGAACGAGAGGAAAGAUUAAGACAUACACGAAAUCCAGCUGUUCGUGGCUUACCCUCCACUGCUUCUGGCAGGCUGAGGGGGACGCAAGAUGUAGCUCCUCCUACUCCUCUUACCCCAACUUCACAUGCUGCCAACACCUCUCCUCGGCCAGUGUCUGGCAUAGAAAGAGAAAGGAAAGUGAGUAUGCGAUUGCAUCGUGGUGCCCCCGUCAAUAUCUCGUCGUCUGACUUAACAGGCCGACAAGAUACCUCUCGCAUGUCAACUUCACAGGUGGUCAGGCGCUGGAACAGGUUGCCCAGAGAGGUUGUGGAGUCUCCGUCUUUGGAGAUACUGAAGACCUGACUGGAGAACGUCCUGAUCAACCAGCUCGAGUUGACCCUUCUUUGAGCAGGACGGUUGGACUUGUUGAUCUCCAGAGGUCCCUUCCAACCUCAACUAUUCUGUUAUUUGGAGUUCUCUGUGAGAUACUCGAGUAUAAAGAUGUUUCGGUGGUGAAGUGUGUACACUCAAGGUUCAUCUCUGGCACUCUGGGCAAAUUUCGGAUAGUUUGUCUCUGUUACCAGUCAGAUGAAAGCAAAUAAUUAGUGGGAAUAACAGAAAUAAGCACAAUGAUAUUUGGUUGUGCUAGGAGAAUCAAUUACAUUGAGUGUGCUUCAUACAUUUUUUGCUAUAUAGCUGACAUUUAGCUCAGUGUGCACAUGACAUUUUUCUAAAUGUUUUAAGCGUGAGUAAUCCAGGUAGGUUUGCAGAUAGUUUUUUAGGUCUAUUUAAUUUGUAAAAUGGGAAUAUUCUGGGUUUGUGUAGGAAUGUGUUUUUUGAGUAGCCUGUGAAUAUCCAUGUUCACGGCAUGUGCCCACAGUGCAGCCUGGACUAAUAGCGUGUUUCCCUACCCACCCUUUGGCAUUCUGCUCCAACUGCAGGAUCACUCAGUCAACCUCUUUACAAUUACAAUAGCAGACUAGUCAGGAUCUUCUCUGGGUUCGUCGGAAUUGAUCAUUCAUCUUCUAUUAUUUUUUUUAGUUCUUACCAAGCUAGUGAACAGCUGUGGUCUUCACUCAUAAGGUGGCUGAACAACAGUGUGCAGUCAUAAUAUAAUUUAAAUAUCUUCCCCCGGACCUCUCAGAUUUGGAAGGCAAGAGAAUUUUACUUAGAUUUUUAUCUUAUAAAACUUACCUUUGAGCCCGUUAGCGAAAUUUCACUUUUCAUUUUCAGUUUUCACUUACUCUGUAGCAGACAAGACAGCUUGAAUUGCAAAUUUCAAUAGCUUAGGCUGUUACUAUCUUCAUGAAGUUAAAGUAGUUCUUCCAUAGUCAAAAUUUAUCCUCAGAUAUUUACCAGGAUACAAAUUCAGGCCAUGGAUUUCCCUGUAUCUUUAGCCCUUAUUCUUAGUCAGGAAAACCUAAAGUACCCAACUUGCAGGGCAAGGUCGUUAAGGAGAAUUCAGUUCGGAUAGAUCUAAAGAAUAUAGCAAAUUGCCUAUACCACUUCUUAUCAAGAAAACAGUAAAGAACAGCAACUGUUCAUCCAUAUCCAUCCCAGGCAUGCUCGUUUCCUUUCCAAGUCUUAAGUAAAUACUGCCACUUAAGUAAGAACUACCACUGUUCCUUUUCCAGUGCUUAGGCCGUACUCCUGGUAGAAAAGCAGCAUUUACAGUCUGCUGCGUAGGUCUACGGAUGUCUUAUGUUAAGUACUAGAUUUGUUAUUUAUAACUUGAUUAAUCAGAUUUGGUGUUGUAUUGGAUGCCUUUGUUUGGUAAGAGAGAUUUCACACUGAGGGGGGGAAAACAGUGAUUGGUAAGGGUAGCUGCAUAGGUGUCAUAUAUUGCCCAGCACCAAGAAAUUGUCUCCGUAGUACCUAAAUCAUUCUCGUUAGGACGAUUAGCACUUUUCAACAUUAAAUAAGAAUUGUUUAUUGGAAUAACAAUUAGCAGGUCUCCUAAAGGGUUCGUGAAACAGUGUUUCGAGUGAAAUUACAUCAGUUCAGUGACAUGUACUAUUCACUGUUUUUCUCAGUUAUAUGAAUGUGAAUAUAACAACUGAAAAUCCUUGGGGCAUGAAAUGUUUGAGUGAUAAACAUUGGUGAGAGUUGGGCAGUCAUGCAAAACGGCUGCAAUUUGUUAGAGAGGUAAGCCCUUUCAAAUAAAAUGUGCAUUAACAUAGUACUGUAAAGCCUGAUUAGGAUCAGGGAAUGCAGCCUGUUGUUUUAUAGAUGGGAACUAUAUCCACGGUGAACGAUGACUGAGGAGGCUUUAGGUGUAAUGAUGGAGAGGUUGGUGUGAUGUCGUAAUGAAAGGGAUUAAGGUCAUCCUUGAACGUGUACAGAAGAUAGCAAUAAACAGAAGUAGGGAGGUUAUUUCAUGGCAUUAGUGACACUGAUUCUGGAAUACUAUGUCUAGUUCAGUUCUCAGUAUUUUAAACUGUUGGAAAACUGGAAGUAGCACAGAGAAGAGCCAUAAAAAUUGUGCUUGAGAAAACACACUGUACAACAGGACAAUUUUGGCUCAGUAUCUUUCAAUUUGUCUGAAAGAUAAAAUAUCAUCUUGAGUUAGUGUAGUAUUAUAGAGACAAGGGUUGUACCAGGAGCUUAAAUUUAUAUGGAAAGCAUACAUAAAUAACCUAUUACUUAAAAUUAAAAACAGUCACAUUCAAAGAAAACUGAAGCAGAAGUUUUAAGUGAAGGCCCUGAAGCAACUUCUAAAAUGAAGACACUGAAACAACUUCUGAAAGAAGUACAGGAUUCAUCCACCCCCUUUGGCUUUACAUCAGAACUGAAUUCCUUUCUGGGUCACGUAUUUGGGUCCAAAGGCAAGCGUAAGCUACUGGUUUCAGUGCAGUGAAGUUCUACAAUCUGUGCUGGACAGAAAAUCAGGCCAACUGUUAGAAGAUCCUUCUGCUCCUAAGCUCUGCAAAUUAUUCGUUCACUGAGUCUCCUUUAUGUAGUCGCAGUCUUUAAAUGUUAGGAAAGGUAGUAAAAGAGGGCAUGAGUAUUCCAGUAAGCACUACUCUGAAUGGAUUCUGUCAGUCCAGACUGCAAAGACUGCAUCCCAAAAGUAUGAAUGUGCAGUGAUCAUCCCAGAGUCUAGUUGCAGGUGAGUAGCCGUCAUUUUCUCUAUGUAAGAUUCAGUCCUGCAAAACGUUACCUCAGUGAGACUGCUCGUGGUGUACAGUAAGUUACUUUUUUUUUUUUUUUUUUCUGAAUGUGGCAUGUUCAGCACCUUACAGUCGAGACUGCAUGUAGUUCCUACUAGUGAUAGAUGAAUCUCUCCUUAGCUGGAAGAAAAGAUUAUAAUGCUGCACAAAGAAGUAUUUGAAUAAGUAUCUUUGACGAGAGCAGUUUUCUAAAGUGGUAGGCCAAACUGGCAGUGAACGACUUAAGUGUUGUGCCGCUUCAUUGGGAAAAAGCAACGUAUUUCCAAUACCACUGCAUUUUCCAUCUCCUCAUGAGCAAACCUUUCUCCAUGCAUUCGUCUUAAUAGGCAUCAUACUCUGCAUUGCUCUUCUGGCUCUGAGAUUUGUCAGCUUUCUUUGAGGGAUAAUUAUUUGUUCCUUUUAAGUAUUUCUUAAUAUGAUAGCAGUAUCUUACAGAAGUCUGAAAUCUGAGCUCUUUCAAAAGAUACGUGGUUGCAACUGCAAGUUUGAGUUGGAUUUUUGUAGUCAUCUUUAUAUAUUUGGACAGUGGAACCGUUACAAAUUGCUGUGUUUUCCCCCA